AUGGCACCAAGCAUAGACAAGUUUAGCUCAUUGCCUCACUCUUUACUCUCCAUGAUUGUUUCCUUGAUACCGUUCAAGGAAGCGAUCAAACAAACCCAAAAAGAGGCUUUUCUUGAGUUUGUGUUGCUUUGGAUUGCUAAUCACACAAAAACUGGUGUAGAUAAGUUCUCUUUGAGAUUAUCAUUGCCUGGAAAAGUUAAGAGAGUUGUGAGGGAGUGCAUUACCUUUGCCACAAAACAUGGGGUGAAGGAGUUGGAGUUGGACUUUUCUGAUCUAACAUUGGAUUGCUAUUUCACUACUAAUUAUAUUAAGCAUGAGGCCUUGUUUGAAUUGCCAGCACAUGUUUAUGGCCACACUUGCCUUGAAUCUUUGAAGUUGUUUUCAUGCAAUUUUGUUGAGGCUGAGUUGCUUAACUUUCAUGCACUCAAAGAAAUUUCUUUGGGUUGGAUGGAAGUAAAACUCAUUACUAUUAAGACCUUGUUGUUAAAUUGUGAGGCACUUGACAGCUUAAGUCUCAAGAGGUGUUGGAAUUCAGAUGACUUUGAUUUACUGGAGGAGAACUUAAGAUUGAGAAAGUUGGUCGUGGACAGAUGCAUGUUUGGACCUAAUAGUCGUUAUUUUAUAGUCAAUGCUCCAAACUUAAGAUAUUUCUAUUAUUCUGGGUUGAAUAAUAACUUUUUGGUAAUGGACAUACGUUCCCUUGUGAUGGAAGAGGAAAUUCUUGACUUCUGCGUCGAGUUCGAAGGACAUGCUCUAUUUCUCUACAAACUAGUGCAGAAUCAUAUCUCUGGUGGUAGUACUUUAGCUGUGUGUAAUUACUUCCUUCAGGAUUAUGAGUUACCAGACGACUUUAACCUUGAGAGAUUUUGGACUGAUCAUGCAAGAGCUUAUUGUUGCUUGGUAUACACUCUUAGAGAGGUGGAGAUUAAGGGCUUUAAAGGAUCAAUGAACGAGAUUCGUGUGCUUACUUAUUUCAUCACUAUGGGGAGAGUCUUGAGAAAGAUGACUAUCAAUAUAUUGAAAGAUGAUGCGAGGUUGGAGUCAUACCACCGUAAUAUGGCAAGAUGGUUAAUUUCAAGUGUUCAAAUAGCUUCAACAGAAUUAGAGAUUUCAAUUUGUUAA